CAACAGAUCGUCACACGUUGUUCACAGUCGCGCGAAACGGUUCUAAGAUUGCCUUCAUACAGGGAUUUCGAAUAUUCGCUCACACAAAUGAAGACUUCGUCGCGUGUUCACAUCCGAAAUCGUGUGGUCGUCGAACCCGAACUUCAUCUCCAUACCGUCGACAUCACCGAAGCCAUGAGAUUACGUGGGGAUUCGGGGACCUCACGUCGAGCAACAACGCCAAUGACUUCGGACUUUGAUCUUGCCGUAAUGCCGCGCGAGAAAAUUUUUUCUCGAUCUCUUCAUUCAUGGUCUGCACAUCAUUCUCUGACGACGAACAACUGGAUUGCUACCAUAGCUCCCGCGUCGAGCCCUUCCGAACCGGGCAGUAGCAACAAGGCCCGCUACGUACAGAUUCCUUUUCCUUCGGAGCGGGAAGCUCGUAGGUUUUGCAAGGCGUACUCUCCCCCCAGACUCAGUACCGCUGUUCUCUGUCAGCUUUGUCAGCUUACGCCGCAAGCCGCUCGUCACUGCCGAAAUUGCGGGGUCACCGUCUGUGACAGCUGUUCCACGCGUUGGGGCAUUCGGAUGGUUCCCAAGACCUACAACCCACAGUUGCUAACUACUACUGUCCGGGUGUGCAAGUCCUGCGAUUGGCUGUCCAACGCGUUCUGCAUGGCGUUACUUCAAGGUCGUUACGAAGAUGUCUUAACAAUCGUCGAAACGGGCAACGUUAAUCUCCGUACCUGCUUUGCGGACAUUCAUCAGGAAGCCAUGUUUCCUGUCCACUGUGCCAUUCUUGGGGGGUCGCUCGCCACGCUGCAGUGGUUGGUGGAGAUGCAAGGAUGUCCCUUGUCAGUCAAGAAGGAUCCCAAAACGAACCGGGCCUUGUCGUUGCAAACAUCCGCUUCCCGCACCUUGCUCGAUCUUGCGAUGAAAGGACGUCCCAAAAUUGACAUCCUAGUGUACCUCAUACAAAACGGAUUGAGCAUUAGUGAUGUACAUGAUCCAUCGCUGGCCCCCAAAACCCUCGAAGUCGUUCUAAAAGCGGGCUUUCCCAUUCACUCUAUCGAUACGCUCAUGCCCGAUAUGCCUGUCAUAACCGACGAAUCGGACAAAAAAUUCGAUGUCAGCCGCAACAAAUCUUUGGUGUACGAGGAAUCCGUUGCGACACUUGAAGACGCUUGCGUCUUGUGCUGCGAACGCUCUACGGAUUGUGUGCUUAUCCCUUGUGGACAUCAGAUUUGUUGUACCGAUUGCGGUCACCAACUCACUUCUUGUCCGGUGUGCAAGAUAAAUUGCAGCGUACUGCGAGUCUAUCGUCAGUAGUGGACGUAGGAGCCAUCAGCAACGCAGCGCACUGGAAACCGUUUCUGAGUCUAGAUUUGCAGUCCGUACUCAUUUUUAAAU